UGUUCUGACAUUACUGAAGCAUAAUAGCAGGCCUGCUGACAUAUUUCAUUAAAUUUUCCCACACACGCUGAUUGUUUACUGUCCAGCGUUCUUGUUAGAAAGAAUGUCAGGAGCAACUUCCCAUAAGGGAAAAAAAUUGAAAAAAUACAGUCAUUCAAGAAAGAAGUCAUUGCUUAUGCAGAAACAUGAACGGACCUGCUUCAAGGCGAUGCUUAUUAGAUGAAAGAAGCACACGAGAAUGGAGAAGAAGCAAGAGUAAUAUAGAAGGUUUGCUCAGGACGACCACCAUAAUCUAAGCAAGGAAGUAGACUGAAUAGAGGUGGAAGGAAACCUUAAGCGCAAGACUUGAAGAGGUCACGUUAGAAUAGAUCAACAGUAGGCGAUCUCGAGGGUUAAGAAUUUCAUGUCAGCUCAUUAUGAAGAAAGCAGAGAUAACCACUUCGGGAUAUGACGGAAAACAGCCUUGUAGUUGGCAACGAUUUCAAAGCAUCCAGAGGAUAGCUCUGUAGAUUUAUGAAGCGAAACGGUUUAUCACUUAGAAAAAAAAAACCUCCAUCAAUCAGCAAGAAGAUCCUGACAGAAUGGUGGCUACGUAAUCCAGGUUAAAAGGCUACAAGAGAAACACAAGACCAUCAGACAUCAUACCAAUGGAUGAAACCUCAGUGUGGGUCGAUUUGGUAUCUAAACAACUGUUGACACACACAACGGGAAAGAAAACGAUUACCUUAAAAUCGACCCGCCCCGAAAAAGUGAGUAUUGGUUUUUCUAGCUGCAAAGGCUAACGGAACUAAACUUAAACCUACGAUCAAUUCUUAUACUUGGAAAGUGGAAACCAGAAAGUAAUAAUACCAUGAAAUACUUUAAAAGAAAUUUAUUUUGAGAAGGAAGCAAAUCCUGCUAACGGAAAAGUAGGGCGGUGGAACAAAAUCCACAAGAGAAAAAGGUCUGUUUCUUCAUUGAAGGAAGAGCUUUCAUUUUUUAUGUGAAAUGAAAAUGACAUUGUCAAACUUACUGUAUAUUUACAUAUACCGUAUAUAAAAUAAAGAAAACAAAUAACAGAAAAAAAGGAAUAACAAUAAAAAAAACGUUGUCAUACAACACACACAUGAUAUGUUCGUUUUAUGUAGAUCAGAUAAGACGAACAAAGCAACAAACGUGAACAAAGGCACAGCCAAAACUAUAAGAUAAUACAAAAAGAGAAGCAAAUUGCAUGGUCCGGAGCAAAAGCAGUUUAUCUUUGAAUUCCAUAUUUUAGGGAGAACACUUUUUAUAACCUCUCUCCAACAUUAAUAUGGAAAAGAGAUCAACUUCUUUUUUUCUAACAUUAUAUGAAUUGCUUCAUAUUUUUAUUGCUAAUGAAUGUCUUUUGCAGUAUUAACCUAAUUUUCCUGGUGAAGAUGGAGAAUGGGAGCAGGGCAGGCGUUGUGUCCGGGGAGAUAGCGUCGUUUACCAGUGCCCUGUGUUUAAGCACAAGACAGCCGACAGGGGCCAUGGCGCCACGUUUCUUACCUGGACGCAGCAGUUACAUGCAGAGGUGCGUUUAUACAUCAGGUAAAGAAUUAUUUAAUAUAUUUUGGGUGAUUGUGUUCUAACUUUAAAAAUUGUGUAUCAUUAUAUUCGAUGUAACGUAUCCUGGAUGCCUUUUCGGUUAAUCUACUGGAAUGUAAGACCAUUGCUGGCUUCCUUAGGCCAACACACCCUAUUCACCACAUAAACCAGCCAGAAGAUCUCCAAGAUCCACAAGUGCCUAAAGGCAUUUGUAAAAAGAGGAACCUUUAUGGGGAAACAGGUAAUCUGUAGGCAAGGACUCAGGUGCUACGAGAAGGUUCGCAACCUUAGAAAAAGGCGUGAAGCCCAAAGUUUGGUUGCUUGACUCCUUAAACUGUCCGAGUAAUAACCAGUAACCCACCACCUACUGUAUCUUGGCUUAUCAGCUAUUUAACCCUUUCCGGACCAGGUAGCACUACAGUGCUACCUGACCACGUUGUCAUAUAAUUAGGGAGUCCUGUGGUACCCAUUUGCCGUGAAUUAGAACUUUUAGGGGCCUGGGCACUAAAAUAUGUAAGAGGAAGCCAUUUUCUUUUGAGACAUUCAAAGAUCAUCGAUUUCUCGUGUUUUGGAGUGAUAUUUUUCAAUUUUUCGACCUGAUGUUUACAGCUGGGGUAUUUAAAAAUGGCGUCAGUUAGAGUGAGAAGAAAUCGGCAGCGAAAUCUAACGGUAGAUGAAGUUUUAUCGAGUGUUUUUGACGAAAACACAACAGAUUUGGACUCUUCUGACUCGGAGGAUGGCGAAGAUGAAUUACCAACGUUAUUCCCGGCAAUUCCAGCCGAUCUAGAAGACGAUUCUGUCGAAAGUGUAAGCUCUUAUGAGGACUCCAGCAGCUCUUCGAGUGAUUCAGAGUUUGAUCGACGUCAAAGUGUGACAAAUCAGCGACAAGAGAAAGCGAGAAAUCUUCGUGAAUGUUCACAAAAUGCUCGAAGAACUAUUCGAGGGGUUCGCAGAGGAAGAGGUGCCAGGCGAGGCAGAGCAAUUUCAGUUCAACAAAGGAGAGAAAUCCAAGAUGGCGGCCGUCAACAAUAUAUUUGGUCGAAAGAGGUCAACAGAAGAAUUUUAAAACCGUUUACAAAUGCUGUUGGGCUGGCAAAUAGAGGACAGAGGAGGGAGAAAUCUGCUCUUGAGUAUUUUGAAUUAUUUUUUGACCAAGAGGUUUGGGAUUGCCUCGUCACUAUGACCAACCUGAAUGCAGAGAGGAAGGGAGCCAAGGGUACUAGUGGUGGACAAUGGAAACCAAUAACACAGGAUGAAAUGAAGGCCUUUUUUGGCUUGAACAUUGCUAUGGGAAUUGUUAAACAGAAGAAAAUAUGGCUCUUGACUGUUCCCUCAUUCAGUCAAGUCAUGUCUCGUAACAGAUUCUUUCAGAUUCUACAGUACAUUCAUGUCUCAGAUGACUCCAACAUUGUGCCUUCUGGGCAACCUGGUUAUGAUAAAUUGCAUAAAAUCAAGCCACUUUUGAAUCUUCUUUUCCCUAAAUUUGAAAAUGCCUACAAUCUGCACAAAAACAUUUCAAUUGAUGAGUGCAUGAUUCCAUGGAGAGGACGUUUAUCAUUUCGCCAGUUUAUUGCGAACAAACCUGUCCGGUUUGGUAUCAAGGUUUGGGUGCUAGCCGAUUCUGAAUCAAAGUAUGUCUACCGACAGCAACUGUACAUUGGAAAGAAUCCUGGGGAAAGAGCUGAGGUUGGACUGGCAGCAAGGGUUGUAAAAGAGCUGUGUUCAGGCCUUGAAGGUAUGGGACAUCACCUCUAUACUGACAACUAUUAUACCAGUGUUGAACUCUAUCAGUUCUUGUUUGACAACCAAAUAUAUGCAUGUGGAACAAUAAAGGGAAACAGAAAAAACUUUGCAAAGGAGGUUCUAUUUGAGAAUACAAGAGGACUUGCUAGGGGUAGUAGUAAGUGGCUUAUGUGUGGACCUCUUCUGGCAGUGGGGUGGCUUGACAACAAGGCUGUAUAUUUUUUAUCUACAAUUCACCCCCCUGAGUUUCCAGUUCGUGCUCCAGUCCAUGCAAGAAAUGUCAAAAGAAGAGGUGCUGGUGAAGGAGGACAAAGUGGCGAUAUUCCUUGCCCACCCCUUCUCAAAGAUUAUAAUGCCUAUAUGGGGGGUGUGGACCAGUCUGACCAGAUGCUUAGGUACUAUACAUGUAUCAGAAAGACGGUGAAAUGGUACCGUCGUGUACUGUUUCAUGAAGUAGAGGUGGCAAUCCACAAUGCUUUUGUGUUAGAGUGUGAGGAUAGAGAGGGUACACCUAGACCAAUCAGAACCUCUCUGGAGUUCAGAGAAGAGCUUGCUGAGAACUUGAUUGGCAACAUGCGGGUUGCCCAUAAUGCUGCCCAGAGACCCCCCAGAAAUGAGGAGCUAAGACUGACUGAUGUUGGUUUGCAUUUGCCUGAAAUGCGUCAGGAUAAGGGUAACUGUGCUGUUUGUAGUAAGAAAAUAAGAAAAACCCACUCUGACAGGUAUAAGGAUGUGCCAUUGGCCAGAAGACCCAAGGUUCCCUACGUGCCACGCCCUAGCAUCUAUUGCAAUGUGUGUAAUGUCUUCCUCUGCUUGCAGAAAGAUCAAAACUGUUGGAAAGAUUUCCAUACAAAAGUGGAGUACUGGCGAUAGACUAUGUUUUUAGGUGUUUUUGCAUUGACAUUUUCUAGUUUUUAUGAAAUUAUGUUAUGUGUCUAAAGAUAAAAUAUUGAUUUUUAGUAUGAUAUUUUUUGAUAAAUUCUUAUUUUGUAAAUUCAAUUUCCAUCAAACCAAUGUACUGAGUACUGAAAUAUCUAAUUUAAAGUAAAGAACAACAUUUAAGCUUUAAUUUCAUAUAUAACAUAAAGUACAUUUCAAAGUCUGGGUUGUCCCAAUAAAUAUUCUUUCGUUAUCACA